AUGGCUCCCAUCAAGAACAUCAUCCUGGCCCUUUUCGUCACUGCCGAUCUCGCAGCAGUCUCAGCCCACAGCGUCAUCACCAAUGCAGUUGGUGAUGCCGGUGGUUCUGGCAUGGCCCUUGGUGUUGAUACUUCAACUCCUCGAGACGGAACUCGAAGACGCCCUUUCCAGCAAGACGCAACCCGCUUCCGAGGCAAUGCCGCUGAUACCGUUGGCGAAACCCUGUCUAACGGUGAUAACGACAUCGAGCAGGGAACAUUGGAUAUCAUGGAAGAGACAGGAAGCCAACUCCCUCAGGUCAACCCCGGUGGUAGCCUCGAGAUGACGGUCCAUCAGGUUAACUCAGACGGUGCUGGGCCAUACACCUGCAUGAUCAACGCCGACGGUACCGGUACGUCAUGGGAUAACAUCCCCGUGACGACUAAUGUCGAGGGUAAUGAGCGGGGACGCAACCGGGACGGUGAGAUGGGAGACUUUCCUCUUGUUGCCUCUAUCCCUGCCGGGCAGAACUGUACCGGAACAGUCGCGGGCGAGGACAACGUCUGUCUUGUCCGCUGUCAAAACCCGGCUCGCGCUGGCCCAUUUGGUGGUGUGAUUCCAGUCCAGAUGGCUCAGGCCAAUGGCGACACUGCUGGUAAUGCUGGCAACGCCGGAAAUGCUGGUAACGCCGGAAACACGGGAAACACUGGCAAUGCUGGUAACGGCAACGCGAAUGACAACACCAACGAUACCACCAACGAUACCACCAAUGAUACCACCAACGAUACCACCAAUGAUACCACCAAUGACACCACCAACGACAGUACCACCAGUGGUGCCAGCGGUAAUGCCAACGGUAAUGCCAACGGUAACAACAAUGGUAACGCCAAUGGCAGUGGUAAUGACGAUGAGGAGGAGGAGGAGGAGAACGACGCUGGCACUCGCAACAACCGCCGUGCCACUCGCUUCUCUGCAUAAAUGAUAAGCCGAUAAUGAUUGGUAACGCAAACUUGGAAACGGAAGACUGGAUCACCGACACAUGGGACUGGACAGGAGGGGGGAUGAAAGCAGGAUAUCUACAUAGUAUAUUUGGAAUGGCGA